UACUUCCAGAAAAUGCUGAAAGAAAAAGAACGAAUAUAUCUAAUAAUUGAUGCAUCCGGAUUCACCUUCAUCGACUAUACCGGCGUCGAAAGUCUGAAGAAUUUAUCGAGCGAUUUGAGGAAACACAAUAUAGUAGCCGGUUUAUGGUACUGGAUGAAGCUCAGCUAUUGCAAUUCAUUACUGGUUCUGCGGUGUAUCACUGUACUUCUUGCGGUGUUGCUUGCCAGGAAUUAUGAUAUCAUCCACAAAAUGCUUCGGAUCCUCUUCAGUGCACCAGUUUCAAGCGUCAAACGGGAAAAUGUUGUCACAACAAAUCGAAGUUGGAACGAUGUGAAUAUAUUCGCUCCUCCGAGGCUCAACAAUCGUUUGGCCGAAACGUUGCGCCUCAAUGAAUUGCUUGCUCGACAACAAUACAGAUGCGAAAAUGCGAUGAAAGUGAGGGAUGAUAAGGUGCAUCUUUCCUCGAAUUUCAGCGAGGCAUUGUUUAUCAGUGGUUCACCGGAUGAUUAUGCUUCACUACUGAUCACUGUGAUGCCGGAACGGUGGACUUUUUUCGUCCCCGAAGGAUUUCAAGUUCUCGAGAAACUAGGAAAUGUUGGUGAGAAUAUCUCUUUUGUUUUACGAUGGGUUAAAAAAUCAUACAGAAGCACCGAUGAAAUUUUGUAUGAAUUAGCAAACCGGCGUUUUGACACCGCUUUCAUCAGCAUUUACUCACCGUUUGUUGGUGGGCUCUCGAAGAAAGCUCGAAUUGAAGAAUUGAACGGUGCACCGAAACUUGUCGAAAGGAUCUUGAAGGUAUUUUUUCAGUUUUUUGAGUGUUAA